AAUAAUUAAAGUGAUAGACGUGUGAGCAAAAGUCGUAGGACAAGUUAAGCUAUCCACUAUCAAUAGCUCUUUAUCAGUAUUAAGAAAUAUUCUAUUCUGGGUGUUUGGUGUUUGGACACAACGCAACACAUUGUGACUGACCGCGGUUGAGAACACACGUGUGACAGACUAAAUAUGGCCAAAGUUGAUAUUAAAUACACUAAGUUGUUCAUCAACAAUGAAUUCGUGGAUGCCGUGAGCAAGAAAACUUUUGCUACUCUCAACCCUCAAGAUGAGUCUGUCAUCACGCAAGUGGCUGAAGGAGACAAGGCUGACGUAGACUUAGCUGUAGAUGCAGCAGUCAAAGCCUUCCAUCGGUACUCAGAAUGGCGCGUCAUGGAUGCUUCCCAAAGAGGACGUCUCCUCAACAAACUGGCUGAUUUGAUGGAAAGGGACGCUAAAUACUUGAGCGAGCUGGAAACUCUAGACAACGGCAAACCUGUUGCACAAGCGAUCGGCGAGGUAUACUGGGCAGCCCAAGUCGUGAGGUACUAUGCUGGUAAAGCUGACAAGAUCUUGGGAAACACUAUUCCCGCAGAUGGUGAAGUUUUGUCCAUGACCUUGAAAGAACCAGUUGGCGUUUGCGGACAAAUCCUCCCAUGGAACUACCCCAUUCCUAUGUUUGUUUGGAAAAUCGCACCUGCUUUGGCUGCUGGAUGCACUGUGAUCGUGAAGCCCGCGGAGCAGACACCCCUUACCGCGCUAGCAAUGGCCGCCCUGGUCAAGGAAGCCGGUUUCCCGCCAGGAGUUGUGAACGUCAUUAACGGUUUCGGACCCACCGCCGGUGCUGCUUUGACUAACCACCCUCACGUCGAUAAGAUGGCGUUCACUGGAUCCACCGAGGUGGGCAAAAUCAUAAUGCAGGGAGCUUCAGCAGUCAAUUUGAAGAGAGUCACACUGGAGCUUGGUGGAAAGAGCCCCUUGGUUAUUUUCAAUGACGCUGAUGUGGAAAAAGCCGCACACAUUGCCCACAGAGCGGCUUUCGCGAAUGCCGGCCAAUGCUGCGUUGCGGGAACCAGGACUUACGUUCAGUCUGGAAUUUACGACAAGUUUGUCGCCAAAGCGGCUGAAAUCGCCAAGAGCAGGACCGUUGGAAACCCCUUUGAGAAUGUUCAGCAAGGCCCCCAGAUCGACACUGAAAUGUUCAACAAAGUUCUCGGCUACAUUGAUGCUGGUAAGAAAGAGGGUGCUCGCUGCGUGGCUGGCGGCAGUCGCCAUGGCAACGUUGGAUAUUUCAUCCAACCUACCGUAUUUGUUGACGUCAAGGACGACAUGAAAAUUGCGCGGGAAGAGAUCUUCGGACCAGUCCAGAGCAUCUUGAAGUUCGAGACAUUCGAAGAAGUCGUGGACCGUGCUAACGACUCCAACUAUGGUCUUGGAGCUGGCGUGGUCACCAAUGACGUCACCACAGCUCUAGCAUUCGCGAAGCAUGUUCGUGCUGGCACCGUUUGGGUCAACACGUACGAGCAUGUAGCUGUCCAGACACCCUUCGGAGGAUUCAGGGAGUCCGGUAUUGGCCGCGAAAUGGGAGAAGACGGUAUUCAACAAUACUUGGAAAACAAGACCGUGACCAUCAACCUGCCAAAGAAACCACUGCUGUAAAUUGCCGAAAAAACAUAACGUUCCACUUUUAAUGCCAAUUAUAUACACCUUUUUUUAUUAAAUUGUUUUAUAUUUA